AUGACUAAAAUCAAGGUAGCAAACCCCAUUGUAGAAAUGGACGGUGACGAACAAACGAGAAUAAUCUGGCAUUUGAUCAGGGACAAGUUGGUCUUGCCCUAUCUGGAGGUGGAUUUGAAAUACUAUGACCUUUCGGUAGAGUAUCGUGACCAGACUGCUGAUCAAGUAACUGUGGAUUCCGCUACUGCUACUUUAAAAUAUGGGGUAGCUGUAAAAUGCGCUACUAUCACGCCCGAUGAGGCAAGGGUCGAGGAAUUUCAUUUGAAAAAGAUGUGGAAAUCUCCCAAUGGUACUAUCAGGAACAUUCUGGGUGGCACAGUGUUCAGGGAACCUAUCAUUAUCCCUAGGAUCCCGAGGCUUGUGCCUCAAUGGGAGAAGCCCAUUAUUAUCGGGAGACAUGCUUUCGGCGAUCAAUACAAAGCUACGGAUGUGGUAGUCCCUGAAGAAGGUGAAUUGAGACUAGUUUACAAGUCCAAGAGCGGUGAUCAUGAUGUAGACUUGAAAGUCUUUGACUACCCAGAACAUGGUGGGGUUGCGAUGAUGAUGUACAAUACCACGGAUUCCAUCGAAGGGUUCGCCAAGGCCUCCUUUGAAUUGGCCAUUGAAAGAAAGUUACCACUAUACUCUACUACUAAAAACACUAUUUUAAAGAAGUACGAUGGAAAAUUUAAAGACGUUUUUGAAGGCAUGUACGCUGAAAGUUAUAAAGAAAAGUUUGAAUCUCUCGGUAUUUGGUAUGAACACCGUUUAAUUGACGAUAUGGUUGCCCAGAUGUUGAAAUCAAAAGGUGGUUAUAUAAUCGCCAUGAAGAAUUAUGAUGGUGACGUAGAAUCAGAUAUUGUUGCACAGGGGUUCGGCUCUUUGGGAUUAAUGACAUCUGUGCUGAUUACUCCAGAUGGCAAAACUUUUGAAAGCGAAGCUGCUCACGGCACUGUAACAAGGCAUUUUAGACAGCAUCAACAAGGAAAGGAGACUUCGACAAACUCCAUUGCAUCUAUUUUCGCGUGGACAAGAGGUAUCAUCCAAAGAGGUAAGCUUGAUAAUACUCCUGAUGUGGUCAAGUUCGGCCAAAUCUUGGAAAGCGCUACUGUGAAUACAGUACAAGAAGAUGGAAUCAUGACUAAAGAUUUGGCUCUAAUUUUGGGUAAGACUGAAAGGUCCGCUUAUGUUACUACCGAGGAAUUCAUUGACGCUGUGGAAUCCAGGUUGAAGAAUGAAUUUGAGGCAGCUGCUAUGUAG